AUGUUGACAUUAAUUGGUCCUGAAGGUGAUAUAGUAUUUAAUUAUCAAAAGGUUCACCCAGUUCCACUUGUAGAAUCUUACUAUAUUGAAGGUGGACAAAAUGAUCCACCUAUUAAAAACAUCACGUUCCCAAAAACCAAAUAUGAUCGUGAUACCACGAGCAUGAUCGUGAGUGGGGCUAUAUGCCUCGAUAUGGACUUUCCGGAAUUGCUUGGAAAAGCUGCAGAAGCAUAUCUGGUGCUUUCACCAGCGCAAACAUGGUCUGCGCAUAUUGGUCUCCAACAUCUGAGAAUGGCAUCUGUUCGGGCAAUAGAAAACGGUUACUGGAUUUUAAGAUGUGAUGGGAGCGGUGCUUCGGGGCUCGUUGACCCUUUGGGCCGCGUUCGACAUCUAGAAAUAUCAACAAAUACGAAGAAUACACAAUUAUUUAGCUGGGAUAUUCCAGUUGAAGAUCCAAAAAUUGAAACAGUCUAUGCAAAAUGGGGUGAAUAUUCCGUGUGGGGAACAUUAGCAUUACUUUCGGUUUUGAAGUUAGGUUGGAUAGCUUCAUGGACUGCGUUUCCCGAUAAUAUGGAAAAUAUGUGGGAUGGUGGUAUUAAAAGAAUUAAAGAUGGACAACGCUGGAUCGAACAAAAAUAUAAUGAAGUAUUUGAUGAUA